AUGGACCAAGACGCCCCCGAACCCGCCGCCAUCACACCGCCGACGCCCCCCUCCGGCACCUUCAUCCCGCCCUCCGUCUCCUCCCACCGCGAAGCCCUCCUCUCCGGCGCAACGUACUCCCACUUCUCGCCCAUCCCGCCGGCCCUCCUCCCGACCGACCCCUCCGACCCGUCCUCCGCGCCGCCCUGCGUCCUCGGCGUCGACGAAGCCGGCCGCGGCCCCGUCCUCGGCCCCAUGGUCUACGGCAUCUUCUUCCUGCCCGUCGACGUCUCCGACCCGCUCCUCCGCGACACGCACCACUUCGACGACUCAAAGGUCCUCUCCGCGGCGGUCCGCUCGCAGCUCAUGGAGACGCUCUGCACGCCCGGCUCGGACCUGCAUUCGUCCUGCGGCUGGGCCACGACGGCGCUCUCCGCGAGGGACAUUGGCGCUAACAUGAUGAAGCCCGUGUCGUACAACCUCAACGCCCAGGCCAUGGACGCCACCAUGGACCUCAUCCGCGCCGUCUACGCAAAGGGCGUCAACGUCAAGGAGAUUUACGUCGACACCAUCGGCCCGCCCGCCACCUACCAGGCCAAGCUGCAGCGCGUCUUCCCGACCGCCAAAGUCACCGUCGCGAAGAAGGCGGAUAGCUUGUACGCUUGCGUCAGCGCGGCUUCCGUCUGCGCAAAGGUCACCCGCGAUGCUGCCCUCGAGACGCUCUUCCAUGCUCGUCAGGCUGCUACUGCUGCCGCCGCCGCCGCUGCUACUGCUGCCAAUGGCGAUGACGAGGAUGACGUGCCUGCUGAGAAUGGUCCUAUAGAAUGGGGCUCGGGCUACCCCUCUGAUGCAAAGACUGUGACUUGGCUGAGGAACAAUAUGCAUCCCCUGUUUGGAUGGGGGCCCGAGUGCCGCUUCAGCUGGGGCACUGCCAAGGAUAUGCUCGAGAGCAAGGGCAAUGGCAUCAAGAUUGAGUGGCCGGCGGACGAUGACGGCGAGACGAGCAAGUUGACUGACUUUUUUGUGUCAGGGGGCGAGGAGAAGCAGGGGAGUGAGCUGACGUCGUGGUUUGGUACUCCGGCAAGCCAAGAAGCAUUCUAG